UAGAAAUCAGAUUUCCAAUUUCCACAAAGAACAGAGUAUAGACGGCACGCAGCUUAACCCGCCUCUCCGACGGGAGAACUGAGGUACCGCCACCGCCAAAUACACUAUCAAAAUUUCUGUAUAAUUCUCCCAUUUUCCGGAGUUUUUUGCAUUGCGAAUCGCUUUCUUUCUCUGUUAAUUUUCUUAUAUCCUUAGCCGAUGCAUCGAACUUCAACUUCCAUUCUUCCCAAACUCUCACAGUCCUUCCUCACUUCAUUCCCCAAAUCAACCUUCUCUUCUGCUUCAUCCUCAACAUUUUUGCAAUCAAUUCCCCAAUCCGAAACUAAAUCAAUCGUCGUCAACCCUCUCUACCAUUUUCUUCCACAGAACCAAAACCCCUUCAAUAUCAUCGAUCUCAUCUCUUCGCACCUUAAAACGGGCAACCCGCAGUUAGCUCUUCUUCAAUCCGAAAUUAAAGAGCUUCUUCCUCACUUGGGUCCUCGUGAAAUCUCCAAGAUUUUAUUGAGGUGCCAAUCUAAUUUCGUCUCUGCUCUUGCUUUUUUCAAUUGGGUUAAAUAUGAUUUGGAUCUUAGACUUAAUUCUCACAAUUAUUGCCUAAUUAUCCAUAUUUUGGCUUGGUCUCGACAAUUUCCUUUAGCGAUGAAAUUUUUGUCUGAAUUGAUUGAAUUGUCUAAGGAUGUCUCAAAUAGGGAGGAUGUUUUUCAGAAUUUGGUAUUGUGCACUGAGCACUGUAAUUGGAACCCAGUUAUCCUUGAGAUGUUAAUUAAGGCAUAUGUGAAAUUGGAUAUGAUUCAAGAAAGUUAUUGGAGCUUUAAGAAGAUGGUAAAAUUGGGUUUUGUCCCAAGUGUGAUUGCCUGUAAUUGUAUUCUAAAUGGACUGGCGAAGAUGAAGUAUGAUGAAAAAUGUUGGGAGCUCUAUGAAGAGAUGGGGAGGAUCGGAGUUCACUCCAAUGCGUAUACUUUUAAUAUUUUGACUUAUGUUCUGUGCAGAGAUGGUGAUAUGAAUAAGAUUAAUGAGUUCUUGGAAAAGAUGGAAGAAGAGGGCUUCAAUCCUGACGUCGUGACUUACAAUACUUUAAUUGAUAGUUAUUGCAGAAGAGAGAGAUUAGAUUAUGCAUUUUACUUGUAUAGGAUAAUGUAUAGGAGGGGUGUGAUGCCUGAUCUUGUUUCCUAUACUUCCUUGAUGAAGGGUCUUUGUAGGUUAGGAAGGUUAAGAGAGGCCCAUCAGCUAUUUCAUCGAAUGAUUGACCGAGGAAUGGAUCCAGACGUGGUGUCGUACAAUACGUUAAUUGGUGCAUAUUGCAAAGAUGGAAGGCUGCAAGACGCAAGAUCGUUGCUACAUGAUAUGAUCGGAAUUGGAAUUCACCCAGAUAGUUUCACUUGUAGGAUUUUGGUGGAAGGACAUGGGAGAGAAGGUAGGUUGAUCUCAGCUUUAAAUUUGGUUGUAGAGCUUCAGAAACUUGGAGUCACUAUUGCUUACAACAUAUAUGAGUAUCUUAUCAUCUCAUUGUGUAGGGAAGAUCGUCCAUUCGCAGCUAAAAGUCUUCUUGAAAGAAUUAUUAAAGAAGGUUUUCAACCUGAUUCUGAUAUCUACAAUAAGCUGAUUGAAUCUUUCUGUAGAGGUAAUAAUGUGUCUGAGGCACUACUACUGAAAUUGGAAAUGAUAAACAGGAAUUUCAAACCUAGUAUUGAUGCAUAUAAGUCUCUUAUAUGCUGUAUGUCUGAAAUCAAUAGAACUGUAGAUGGUGAAGGUCUAAUGGUGGAAAUGGUUGAAUUUGGAGUGCUUCCAGAUCAUGAAAUAUGCAGAGCAUUGAUAAAUGGAUACUGCAAAGAAGGCAAUGCUGAUAAAGCAGAAUCUUUAUUGGUCUCAUUUGCCAAAGAUUUUCAGUUCUUUGAAUCUGAAAGUUUCAAUGCAUUGGUUAAAGUUUACCAGGAUGUGGGUAAUGAAACUAAGCUGAUGGAGCUGCAAGAUCGAAUGUUAAAAGCAGGUUUUCUUCCAAAUAGCUUAACGUGUCGAUACAUUAUCCAUGGACUAUGGAAAUCUGUGCGAUUCAACAAGCAGAGAGUUCAAGCAGUAACAGUAUAAAUACAUGUUUAGAAUGACUUUCAAAGUAAAUACUUCUGUUUCCCGCUCAGAAACAUCUUUUUUAGCAGUUAGAAAAUCAUUCCAAACAGAACAAAGGUGAUGCACCGUGGACAAGAGAACUUGGACAUUUGUCUUCAGGUCUUCCAUUUUGUUCCAAAUGGAGGAAGCCAACAGCAUUCUCCACAAAAUUACUAUGUAAGAAAAGUUUAAAGAAAUUUAUAGUUAGGGUAUGAGAGCCAGGUUUGGGGCUCUUUUCUGAAUUUUGCCCUUUUAUGAGGCUAUGAACACCACAAAAUAGACAUUAUUUGCUCUGUCCAAAGUGAAGUCCUUUAGUUAAAUGAGGGAGUGAAGAUCUUUAACAAGUUUUGGGCAGUGAAGUCCAAAGCUGAAUGGCAAUGCACCCAAGCAAAAUUCUACUUUCCCUCGAGGGGCUGGUUGAAUUGUUUUACCAAAGAUUACUUGCCAAAUUGGAAAAAUCAGAAUCCUCAGGUGCUGAAUAGAGAUGUAUCGGGGCCUUGAAAGUAGUGAUGGUGUGAUCCGUGGUUGAACCACCAAUGGACUAUAUGAGUUUCUCUUGGAGUUCAACCACCAAUGGAGGACUAUCUGAUGGAAGGUCAUAUGGUUCUUUGUUUGAGAGGAGGAUCAUUGGAAAUGCGACCAAAAUCUCACAUUGGUUAAAUAAGAUGAUGAUCUUGGAGAGGUAAGAUUUGCUCAUGAGAUGGGCAUUGCAACUUGUAUUAGAUAAACAAACUAGAGAAUUCGAAUAAUUGACAUUUGAAUUUGUGGAAGCAGCCAUGACAACUAAUUUUGCAGGAGGAUUUCGUUCUUGAUAUGAAUAGUUCAUUCGUUGAUAGCAAUCAAGAGUACUAUGCCUGAAUUUCUGGCAAAUUUGACCAUGUAAUUCGUUGUUUAGGUGAUUUUGAUCAGAUGACUUCCAAUUAUGAACAAUAGUUGUAAUAUGAAGGAAAAAAAAAAUAUUGAGAAUUUGUUCU